CUUCUGCAUCCGCACAGUGCAACCUGCGUGUAGUGCCGUAAAGUAAUCCCUACCGGCAAUCCUUUGUUUGAGAAAGUAACUGUAUUCAGAAUACACCAAUUUAAACUGUAACUAAAACGGAAUACAAUUACUCUUAUUUUGUAUUUUAAAUACGUAACGCCGUUACAUGUAAUCCGUUACUUCCCAACCCUGCCGACACCACAUGAAUGCAGCAUAAAGCAUUCAAUUAUUUUACUUUCAUUUCAGGUAAAGGAACAUGGCCUCCGCUGGUUUUCUGCUCUUAACGCUCGCUGUCCUCAACAGUGCAGGGAGUUCACAGGGUUAUGGCUUUGUGAAAAUUCACUGCAAGACUCAAAACAUCGGACAGUAUGAGCAGGAGUCACGACUUGACUGUGUAAUCCACUACUCGGGAGAAGUAAAAGAUCCUGAAAUCUUGGUGGUAAUUUGGAGUAGAGAGGGGUUUGAAGAACCCAUACUUAAAUACGAAAAUGGAAAACUAACAUCGUUGCCUGGAUAUUCAUUUGCUGAACCGUCCUGGAACAACAAGAACGUGAACGUAUCCCUGCUCAUUCACAAAACUGCUGUUAAGGACGAGGGAGAUUAUACAUGUUAUGUGUGCACAGACGGUGGUUUUAACACCAACCAAACCAGACUGAACGUCACAGCCAAAUACGGAGUGCCAACUAUUCAGCCUCAACCUCAGGACAUUGAUCUCAGCACCGACGGUUCCCUGACAUGCAAGUCCACCGGCUACCCAAAAGGCCGACUCAGCUGGUUUGAUAAAGACAACAAGCCUUGGUUAGACCAACCCGAGGUGGAGGUGCUGAAGACAGAGAAUGGUCUGUUUAUCCUCUCAAGCACGCUGAAAAUACAGGGAGGAUCCGCCUUCUCCAAAUACACCUGCAAAGUGUUCAACGCCAGAGGAGACGAAGAGGCGGAGGAAUCUUUCAUCAGUGGAGGAAGUUCACAGAGUCAUGCUCAGUCCUCUGUGGAAAUUCACUGCAAGACUCAAAAUGUUGGACAGUAUGACCAGCAGUCACGACUUGACUGUGUAAUCCACCAUGCUGAAGACCUAGAAGAUCCUGAAAUCGUGGCGAUAACUUGGAUGAAAGAGGGGGUUGAGGAACCGUACUUAAAUACAACCAUGGAGAACUUACAUCGUUGCCUGGAUAUUCAUUUGCUGAACCGUCCUGGAACAACAAGAACGUGAACGUAUCCCUGCUCAUUCACAAAACUGCUGUUAAGGACGAGGGAGUUUAUACAUGUUUUGUGUUCACAGACAGUGGUUUUAAUAAGAACCAAACCAGACUGAACGUCACAGGGCUGGGACAAGACACCAAAGACUCAAACAUGAUUUUGGCCACCAUGAUAGUGGCUUCUGUGUUGGUCGUCGGGUCUCUGAUCGUGGGGUCUCUAGUGUUGCUACUUUACAAAAGACGAUCUUGGCGAUGGAUGUUCAAGAAAGUCUGACUACAGGAGAAACCAAGACCACUCUUACUGACGACCACUGAAAUCAACACUUCUUGUUUGCUUGAGCCCGCAUCAGCAUUUUAACUUUUCCUAAUGCAAACAUCCAUGUACAUAACCAGGUAAAGCUGUGAUUUAACAGAAACUGUAAGCGCUUUGUUCACCCUUAAUCUACCUGUCUACUUAAUCUCUAGGAGUAAAAGGGGUCCAGGUCAGGCUCUGUUGUCUUAAAGUAACCACAUUGGGAACCGUUCCGACACCACGGAGUCUCUGAUGUUGAUUUAUGGAGGACAAAAGUGUAUAAUGUGAUGAUUUAGCCCACGCAAUAACUGUAGCUUUUGGCAGCUUAUCAGCCUCCUUCUUACUCCCUCUUCACAUUCCAUGUCUUUAGUGAAGGGUUAGAAUCAUGAAAUACUUUUAAUUCGUGUGUGUGUGUGUGUGUGUGUGUGUGUGUAUUUUAAGGAAAUGCAACUAUUUCCUGCCAACGUUUCUUUUAUUCAUAUAUGUUGUGCUAGGAGGGGUUAGAGGCAUAAAAACAGGCGUGCUUGCUGUUGCCAUGGUGCUUUCAGACACUCUCUGCCAGUCUGCGCGGGCGCAAUCAGGAGAACAAAAAAGUUUGGGAAUUUCAUUCACUGUGUGAGAGUAUGUAGUCAUAAGACAAACAUUUCAGGAAUGCCAGACAUCCAUCAAACUGGUCGGAGGCAACAGAGCAGGCUGUGAUAGGCCCUUUUUUUGAGGUUUGGUUUAUUUAACUUUUUUCACAACCGAGUUCUCAGAGAAACCGCCUCGCAUGCCUUUAAAAUCUUGAAUUCUGAUCGAGCCUGCGUGUCAAGCUCGAGCCUGUCAGACCAAAUAUUCUCUACUGUACUGAAGACAAGCCAAAAGUGGAAAACAAAACUCCUAAUCAAUCAUAAAUGUGAAUGAUUAACUGUUCUGUAACACACAGUUAAUCAUUGACCUGGUUGGAGAAAAAGCAGUUUAUGAAGUUUAUGAGUUUAUGAAAUCAACGACAAACGUCCUUACACUACUGUCAGUCAUUCAGAUUCUGUGUGUCGUGAAAAUUAGGUUUAUAUACAUGUAUGUGUUUGUAAAAUGAACUGUAUACUCUUUUAAUUAUUUUUUUAUCGUGUUUUUUAGCACUAGCACCUUGUACAAACUGUGAAUUGUGAUUGUAUGGUAAUAAAACAAAGUCUAAAUAAAAAAAACAUAAAACAA